AUGGCCUAUCAAUUGGCUGUACGAAACGGAAUAAAGCAUCAGUUUGAGAAUAAAGAAGAAACAGGUCGUGCUUGGCUGGAUCAUUUUUUAAAUCGUCAUAAACAAAGAUUGUCUAUCCGAACACCAACUGGAACAUCGUAUGCUCGGGCGACCAGUUUCAAUAGAGAAUCUGUAGCUAAAUUCUUUGAUAUCCUCGAGAUGGAAUCCGAAAAGAGAAAAUAUACGGCUGACCGCGUUUUUAACGUUGACGAAACGGGAUUGUCUAUAGUUCAGACCAAAAUACAGAAGGUAGUUUGGUCAAAAGGGAAAUGGCAGAUCGGUGCGCUGACGUUUGCUGCUGAGAGGGGAUCACUAGUGACCACCAUUUGUGCUAUGAGUGCUUCCGGCAUAUUUGUUCCCCCUACGCUGAUUUUCCCAAGGAAAAAUAUGACUGAAACUCUAAUGAGAGGCGCACCUCUCGGAAGUAUUGGAAAAUGUCAUCCAUCUGGUUGGGUGCAAAGCAAUUUAUUCACUGAUUGGUUUAGGCAUUUCAUAAAAUACACGAAACCAACAAUAGAUUCUACUUAUCCUGGACAGACAUUAUAG